UUUAACCGCCGGUGUAACUUUCAAGACGAAUUUCUUAACAUACGUCAGAAGCGGAUCUUUGGCCGUUUUCGAAUAUUAUAAAAGUAAUAGACUGUUAAAUUGUAUGUCGCCCGUUAAUUUAAAAUCGCAGAUGAAACAAAUAAAUAUCUCAAUAAAAAUUGUCGAAUGGCCCUUUUUAUAAACCGUGCGAUGGAAUCACAUGGGGAUGGCAGGAGAAUGUCAACGAUCAAUAGUAUUACGAAAAUGAAUUGGUGAUUCGUACGUUAAAAUUUUGUGUACAACAUGGUGUCUGGGGACCACGAGAGGUUGCUGCCCGAGCCGGAGAACUUUGCGAAAUGCUUCUACGAUCUCUUCAAAAGCAUCGCCGAGGCGCAGAGACAAAAAGAAGAAUGGAGAAAAUGUAAAAAAAAUAAAUCUAUAAGGAAAAGAGACAAAAAAAAGAUUGAUUUAUGUGGAGAUUUAAAUUACAAUAACCCACCAGAAGUAGAGCUAUCUUGCAAUGCUUCUGCAUUUGCUGUAUUUGCUGGUGUUAGAAGUGCUAUUUUGAACAGACAUGCCAGGACAACAAGUGAAGUUUAUAGAGCAUCAAAUUGCAAUUUUCCAGCACCACCAGAGCUUAGUGAAACUAUUGAUACAGAAAGUGACGAUGAAGAUAGGAUAUCAACUAUACAGAGCUUACCAAAGAUUGUAGGUAUUGGUUUAAGAAGUGUUUUCACAUUAAUGAGAGAGAGUAGAACAAUUGAACCACUUUUAUGUACAAAAGCAUUAUCUGCUUUAUUGGAUAUAUUACAAGGACAACUUCCUGAAGGCCUCAAAUCUGAACCUGAUGAUGUUAUUGAUCCACUUUUUGAUCUAUUAUUGGAUCUGGCAACUUCACAUGGCCCUGAAUCAGCGGCUGCUAAUGAUGGUAGUCAUUUGACAGCUGUUGCUUGUGCUUGCUUAUUGAGUCUUGUGGUUGUUAGAGGUGAUACUGGUCGUUUGUUAGCAGCAAUAGCUGCUUUACUUAUGUGUCCUAGAGCAUUAGCAGUUCAAAAUAUCCAAAUGCCAUGUGUAUUAACAUCAUUACAAAGGAGUGUGCAGGCUGUUUUACUGGGAAAACUUGCGCGACCAGACUGGAUUACAUAUGGAGUUCCUAAAUGUUCUAAGAUUUAUACUUCUACGCUUAAGUUACCAAAUGAAAUAAAUAAUAUAAUACUGAAUGGAAGAAGUUUUGUGAGUGAUGGAAAGUACCUGUAUCUGCAUACAAGUAGAGGACUAUUAAAAAUUGGCAGUGGUCAUGGAGGAACUAUUUGGGGUCAUAUGUACCUUCAGAGGAAAGAUUUUCAUCCAACCGAAACGGGUUGGCUCGGUUAUGCAAAUAAUACAUUAUAUUUUAAGUGCACACCCAGAAAACAGACUGAGUUACUAAUUAUUGAUGCUGAAACGCUGGUAGUCACAGGAAUUGCUGUUUUAGAAGGACGUGAUUGGUCAUCUUCUGUUAUGUUUUCCGAUGGUGAAUGUGUAGGAAUGAUAACAGCUGGAAAAGACGUUACAUCAGAUGGUUUUGUAGUUAGAACAAUAAACAUGUUAAGUAAUCCAGUAACAGUCGCGACAGAAUUACCAUUAAAAUUAGCAAGGAAAUGUGUAGACGUCUUCGGAUAUGCUACUUUCGAUGAAGAACAGGUGGUUCAUACAUUAAACCCAGGUUGCGACGAUGAAAUUGCUACAAUUACAGCAGGAAAGGAAUUUGGUUUAUUAAAAACUAUGUCUGGAAAAGUAUUGUAUACCGGGAAAGGAACCAGUCUUGGUAUGAAGAGUAAUACAAGGCCUAACAGAUGGGUAGAACUCACCCUUGGGAAAGGACCGAGACUUAUAAAUUUUGCAGCCGGACAUGACGGUCAACAUGUUGUUAUGAUCCUGGAAGAUGGCUCAGUUUUGUUUGCUGGUACUGCAAGACGCGGGGAAGACGGUGAUAGUAGUAAAGUUCGUCGGCAACCUAAGCCAGUUAAGCCAAAAAAGAUAGGAAAAGUAGAAGGGCAGUUUAUCGUAGAUGCUGCCUGCAAUAAUGGAUCAACGGCGUUAGUCACGAAGGAGGGCUCAUUGUUGAUGUUCGGAAAAGACACUUUGCACAGCGACCCAGCUUCCGGAAUAGUCAGUGAUCUCAGAGAAGUCUGUGUUGUUCAUGUAUCAUUAGGGAAAGCUCACGCCGCGGCAUUAACUAAUAAAGGACACCUAUAUACGUUCGGAAUUAACAAUAAAGGACAGUGUGGUCGGGGGUUUACGACAGUUCAUACCAUUAAUAAGAACACCACAGUCGUCGCUAUGGAAAUGGGUACAGCAGAGGAUGAGAUUUUAACAACUGAAGAAGAUGGUGUGGAACCUGCUGAAGAUUGGGAAGAAACAAGAGGUAUGUGUCUUCCAGGACAGCAUCAGUGGAAGCACCGUGUUUGCAUGGUUUGCACAGUGUGUCGAGAAUGUACCGGCUACAGUAUAUCCUGUAGGAGUAGUAUAUGUCCCGAUCGAAAUCCUGGCCAGGAAUGUGGAUGCGGUGAAGGCGAUAGUGGAUGUGCAGAGUGUGGAUGUUGUCGCACCUGUGCCAGGAAAAGUUGUUAUAUCGGGAAAACGAGUUCAAACUAUCGGAAAUAUUUACAAAGACGUUUAGGUGAAAUCAAGCAGAGGCAGAGGACUAAGGCAGGCCCGAGCACUGCGAAGUAUACAAUGAAGACGAAAGGUCCGAAUAAUCAAAGAUUGGCGGGGCCGAGUGUGGCACAGAAAAGUUGUGUUGGGAAAAUCGUAUUGGGAUUUAGUAGCUACUUAAUGACUGAGGAAGGUGUUGGAGGAAGUGAUAUAGAACGAGGUGAUGCAACAAGAAUUGCUAGUAUACCACCAGCUAGAGUUCCUAUACCCAGCGAAAGCCCUGUGCUUCAAGUAUCGUGUGGUUUGCAUCACACAGUCGUCCUUUUACAAAAUGGAGAAGUUUAUACAUUUGGAAGCAACAUAUACGGCCAGUUAGGUAUAGGAGAUUUAGUCGCUCACGCUGGACCCGUCCAUGUAAAGAUAUCAGGGAUAGCUACACAGGUUGCCGCUGGAAGUAAUCAUACCGUUAUACUAACAUCAAAGGGCGAAGUGUAUACGUUCGGAGCUUACCAAAAAGGACAAUUGGGCAUGAAUUGGUGGAACGGGCAAAACGAAUCUUCAAAUACCACUACUCAAGCUAGUCGACGGUCUGACAGAACGCAACCGUGGCAUAGCUUUCCAAAUUUAGUCCCGAAUAUUGGUCCACGAUGGGGCAGACGAGCAACAUGGGUCGGUGCAACUGGAGAUCAGACUUAUGUCAAAAUUGAUGAAAUAAAUUCUAUUAGUUUAACAAGGAGUACUGUUAUGGCAAAUAAAAACUGCAUAAUCUUGAUUCCGCAUCAAAAUGAUCAUGCGAAUUCAUUCAAAUGUUUAGUCAUAAGUAAAAGGGAUGGCACUUGCAAUAGUUACAGCGGAUCAGAUCAAGUCGACUUCAGUAGUUGCGCAACGUGUUUAGAUCCUUUGUAUAACGUGAUUUGGACUUUCAAUCCGACAAAUAAUGAAAUAAGUUUGUACAACAUUAUAUCCACGGAAGCUAGAACGAUUCCGGGUUUGGAAGUUUCUAUUCUGAGCCCAGGCUUGGCUCUGCCUGUAAUAUCAAAUUGUUUUGUAACGCGUUCUCAAGCUGCAAUGCAUUUAUUGGGGUGUUUGGAUACCCUAACGCAGGCUCAAGAUGAAAAUUUGUCUAUAAUUGAAGAGAACGAAUGCAAUCAGGCAACACACGGCAAAGUGUAUAGUCGCGAGGAUUUUGUUACAGUUAACAGAUUUGAAAGUCAUGGUGGUGGUUGGGGCUAUUCCGCUCAUUCCAUCGAAGCUAUUAGAUUUAUGCCCGAUACUGAUAUUUUACUUGGUGGAUACGGUUUAUUUGGCGGUCGUGGAGAAUAUACGGCAAAAAUAAAACUUUUUGAUAUUGGAAUGGAUGGAGGAGAUCAAGAAAACGACGGCGAACUUUUGGCAGAAUCGGACGAAAUACCAUAUGAAUGUGGACUUCGACAAAAAUAUUCCAUUCUAUUCGAUGAACCAAUUUCUUUACAAGCAAAUAGGUGGUACGUUGCUUGGGCUAAAGUCAGUGGACCUUCGAGUGAUUGUGGCUCUGGUGGUCAGGGAAUGGUGACGGCUGAGGAUCAAGUUAUGUUUUACUUUAAAUCUUCAAAACGAUCUAAUAAUGGAACAGAUGUGAACGCUGGACAAAUUCCACAAUUAUUGUAUCGAGUAGUCACACCCGAAAAUCAAACUCCUAACAGACAAAGAGAUCAAAUUGAACCAGUCUAUGUACUAAAAAAAGAUUUUAGUCGAACAGUUACCAAAGAAUGUUUUCAGUCAUUAAUAUCCCUUCUGCAAUGGAGUUGGAAUACAUUAAAAGCAUCAUUAAAUGACACGGUGGUCCAUACUACUCCUUCGUAUCACGUAUUACUUGAAAUGGAACGCUUGGUUUACAUUAGCAAAGCCAGUUUACGAUUACUUAGAACUUACACCAAUGAGAUUUAUCCAAAUCAAAUUUGCAAGAAAACUCCGGCCGAGUCUGUGCGUCUGGCAGAAUGCAUAGGUGAAGUACGUGCUCUUUUGCAUCAAAUAUUGUCUGACACUGUGCCAUCCAGUACCAAAAGUAAAGGAAAAACACGAACAAGUAAAAGUUCUGGUGCCAUAAAUCAUAAGCUGACCAAUAGUAUCUUGGAUGAAUGUCAUAAAACAUUUGUAGCUUGUUACCACGCAUUUUAUCCGACAGCAUAUUUAAAGUGGACAUGUCUGUACGAACUGUUAUCUGAAAUCGAUAAGGAACAAGGUCGGACUACAAAGGAUAGGUUAUUAUCCGCGGUUCUAGCUUCUCUGUGCAAUCCUACUAUCCGUCUGCGAUGUACAUUUCCAAUUUUGAAUAAUAUUAUGGAUAGUAACGACAGCAUAAAGCGGCAGCUCAGUCCAUCGGACAAUACCGGCUUACUGAUGAUAAGCUCAACGGAGAACCAUCAGUAUCCAAUUUUAGUCGAGCAAAUUAGUUACAAGUCACAGGUGGAAAAUUCUGGCAAGGAGACGUUGAAUUGGACGUUUCGUGAUGUUUUGGAUAGGCUGUUAGAUUUAAUUCUAGUACCGGUGAAGAAAAGUCUUUGUCGAGAAAAAACUCAAUCACUGCCGGAAUUGGUUCUUCAUUGCUGUUAUUUGUUGGCGAGGGUUAUUGCUGAAUUGGCUGCACAGUCGAGUGGGAACGAAGAUGAACUUCAGGUCGCUUGCGGCAGGCUUAUGUACACCACACCCUCGAGAUUCACUCGAGUAAAUCAGACGAGAUCGUGGAACACUGGUAACGGUUCGCCGGAUGCAAUUUGCUUUUCUGUCGAUCGACCUGGAACUGUUAUUGCCGGUGUCGGCAUCUACGGUGGUGUUGGAGUCUGCGAUUACGAGUUGGAACUACUUGAUGAUCAAAAUAACACAGGCAACGAUCCAUCUCACACUCAACGUUGGAGCAGUUUGGAUUUUACGCGUGGCUCGUUCGGCCCGGAUGACUGCGUGAAUGACAUAGUAGAAUUAAAGUUCGAUAAACCUGUACCCAUAAAAGAAAACAUCAAGUAUGCCAUUAGACUGAGAAACCGCGGUGGACGUACAAGUAACGGUGAUGGCGGCCUGAGCGUUGUGAAAGGACCGGAUGGAUCAACUUUUACAUUUACGGCUUGUUCCUUGAGUGUUAAUGGCACAACACAAACGAGAGGUCAGAUACCACAUAUCCUAUAUUACUCGAAUCCUCAAGAUUCUGAUGGUCAACAUACGAGCAAAGCGAUGGUUGAAGUGCAAGCAAGAAAAUGUACUCUUGCUAUGACAGCAACGAUAAUUCAACGAUCCAAUGAAAUUUUCGCAUUAGCGAGAGAAAGGGCAGAAGAAGUGGUAGCCACUGAAGUUCUUGGAAAUGCGACAUUUGUGACAACCCUUUUACCGUUGGUCAUGGCACAUAUCAGUCCCUUAGCUACUUCGGAUCCCAGGAGCGGAGUACAGGUUCUCACUUUAAUACAAGAGAUGCUUCCACACGUUGCUGCACUUAAUUUGUUAUCUACGAUGGGAUCGUCUCAAAUAUCUCAGAACAGUGAGGUUCAGUCCCACGUAUCUCCGCCCAUUACUACUAGUCAUCACUACACAUGGUUGGAAAGCGAUCACCCUUAUAAACCUGCCACGGUGUCCCAUUACAAAGUGUCGUUUCCCGACACGGUUAAAUGGAUGACCCUUGAAUUUACACCAGAAUGUGGUACAGCCCAGCCAGAAGAUUACUUACAACUCUACAUUCCCAAUCUAGUCUUAAAUUCAUCCACGGGGUAA